CCUUCUGGUACUUGCUUUUACGGCGAAAUUUUGGUAGCAAGUUUCAACCAUACUUGAGUAUCUAGUAAGAAGACCUUGAAUGGCAAAAAUAUGGACCUCUCAAAAAUUGUGGUAAUUGACGGAUCCAGUUUCGGAUAUCCGCGGAUCAUCCGUGAUCCGUCGGGUAUAUAGAUCAUCGACGAAUAUAUUUCACUAUCUUACUUUUAUAUUUAAAAAAUACAACAGGUUGCAUCAUAACCUUGUUAAUUAGGUGGUUGUGAUUGGGUAAAAAAGAAAUGUCCGUUCUAAGUGAUGAUUAUGUUGACGAAGAAAACUCUUCUCAAAUCUUAUCUUGUUUUCCUCCUCCUUUUCUUCAAUUUCUCGAAACGAACGAUAUAGACCCGAAUAUUUAUACAAUCAAAUCAUUGCCUCGCUACAUCUGUUUAAACACGCACUUUCCUUCCUCGCAACUUCCUUCUCCUUCUGACUUGUCUUUUCAACUUUCUUGUACUCGAAUUCAGAAGGUUCCAAAUUUUCCACAUUUUUUUUCUCUUCCUUCCGUAACAAAAAUAGCCAAUUCCUCGGCUUAUAAACAAGGGAAAAUAUUUGGUAUAGAUUUAAGUUCAGCUAUAGCAAUAUAUUCACUCGAUAUUCAUCCAAAUGAUCAUAUAUUAGAUUUAUGUUGCGCUCCUGGCGCAAAAUUGUGUUUAAUUUCUAAUAUAUUAGAUAAUGUUGGAAUUGGUACUAUUACUGGUGUUGACAUUUCUAAGAAUAGAUUAUCUGUUUGUAAAAAUUUAUGCAAAAAAUAUAAAAUAACUAAAGUUAGAUUAUUUCUAGAAGAUGGAACAAAAUUUAAUGUUUUGGCUCCUUCAUAUUUGGAACCUAUAAAAAAAAUGAUUGGUCAAUUACAUGAAUUACACAUAAAUGAAAAUAGGUUAAAAAAUCCAGAAGAUAAAAGUGAUAAAAUAACACCUUUUUGGACACCUAAAAUAUUGAGAAAUGAUCCACAAAAACGGGAUAGCCAAUAUUUAUAUGAUAAGGUUAUUGUGGAUGCUGAAUGUACUCAUGAUGGUUCGAUAUCCCACAUAUUAAAAUACGAGAAAUAUGGUUGGGAAACAUUUGAGAAAAACUUCUUAAAUCCGGACCGUCUUAAUAGUCUUUGGGAUUUACAGCGAAAUUUAUUAAGGAAUGGAUGGAGUCUGCUUAAGCCCGAUGGAAUAUUAGUUUAUAGCACGUGUAGUCUAUCAAAAAAACAAAAUGAAGAUGUAAUAGAAUGGUUUCUAGCUAAUUAUAAGAAUGCUCGUUUAGAAACAAUUCCGAACAUUGCUAAUCUAAAAACUGCACCUCUAAAAGUGAAUGAAUAUAAUAACACAGAUUUAUUUAAACUUGUAAGAUUUGAUCCUAUACAUUCUAACACUUCAGGGUUUUUUGUUGCAAAGAUCAGAAAAAUAAAAGAAACUUAAAAGUCAAAUGAGAAUUGCGGGUUUAGCAUCCGUAAUUUGUAUAAACUCUAUACAUAUAUCUUCUGACAUCUUCUUCGUUAAAUCAAUUAUUUCAUCUUUUGAAUUAUCUUUAGUAGAUAAUAUUAAUAAGUAAUUGAUAAAUUAAAAUAUAGAAAAUAUUUAAAUGUCAAUGACUAUACCGAAUUCUAUGGUUAAAGUUGGUUUAACCCCCUUUUCUUUCAAAACGGAAACUUCAAUUGGCAAUCCAGGGUUAUUAUAAAUUAUUCGAG